AUGUCCUAUGAAAAUGUUGGCAGAUUUAAACUGCAAUUGACUCCCAGUAUACCUGGUAAGGCUUCCAACCGCUUCCUUUCACGAUGGAAAGAAAUUUUAAAUCAUGCAUCAUUCCAACUCAUGGGCUUGCUCCUUGGGUAUUACCAACAUCGAACAAAUGUUCUACAACGGGAAGAGAAUGCCAUUAAAUCCGUCAUGCACCACUCGUUAGAUCCUGUUGAGUUUGAAGACUUGCUCUCUGAGGUUCAGAAACAUAUGGUGUCUACUUCUGAAUCGUACUCACAGAUGAAAUCAAAGAAACUUUCUGAUCUUAAUAGUGUUUCCCAUUUGACUAAUGUGAAGUUUACUAAUGUCUCUAAAACCAAGAAACCUAGAAUUCGCCGAUUUGAACGUCGUCAACCCAAUACUCGACCUAACAGUCAGCCCAAUAUUGUCGUAAAUCUUUCAAGCACAAACCUUACAGAACACGAACAAAAAUUACUUUCAAAGGGUCUCAACUUUUGUCCGAAACCACCCCACAUUGACAGAGGUAGCCUGAUUGAAGAUAGCAAAUCUUUUAGUAGACAACUUAGACUCAAGUCCCAUUUUUCAAAAGCAGAACCACUUUAUGAUAACAGCUCUGUUCCUAUCGAAAGAGAAAAUUCAGAUUCACAAACAGAAACCCAAAUCCUUAAUGAAAUGGGUAGCCUUGACGAAAGACGCAGUAGCCUUCAGGAUAGGCGCAGUCCUAGUCAGGAAAGGCUAACAACCACCACAUCUGAGGAUUGUGAACUCACAAACAAUAAUGAAAUGUACCCCAAAUUCAAACUAAAAAGCAAAUGGGAACCGCCAAAACAAUCUGUAUCGCUCGAAACAUUUAUUCAUAAUGUCGAAUCGGACAUUUCAGAAGCCCAAACAAAUACAAAAAUGAAAAGCAACCUCACUAAACAUGAACGACAAGCUCUGCGGUCAUUGAAAAACAAUAAUGACAUUAUUAUAAAACCAGCAGACAAAGGGUCCGCGGUUGUCGUUAUGGACAAAGAACAGUAUAUAUCUGAAGCCGACCGACAACUCGGCGAUGCCAGGUUUUACAGGCGUUUAGACUCUGAUCCCACCCAGGAAUUUCAGGCAAAAGUAGUUACAAAACUCAAAGAAAUGUUACACUCUGGAGAAAUCAGCGACAAAAACUUCGACUAUCUCUCAGUCACCAACCCCAGAGCUGGCCGAUUUUAUCUUUUACCAAAAAUACACAAACCCGGCAACCCUGGUCGUCCAAUUGUCUCAGCGAAGAGCCACCCAACUGAACGGAUUUCGGAGUUUGUGGAUUAUCAUCUCAGACCUCACGUAGUAAAACUUCCGUCGUAUGUAAAAGAUACAACGGACUAUCUUACAAAAGCAUCAUCCGACACUCUACCAAGUGACACAUUACUUGUCUCCAUGGACGUUGAAUCUCUUUUUUCAAACAUUCCCCACGAAGAAGGCAUUGAGGCCUGCAAACAUGCUUGGGAAACAAGAAACAUAAAAGAUCCUUCAACAAAAACAUUAGUGGAUUUACUGACCCUUAUCAUGAAAUGUAAUAACUUUGAGUUCAUAGGGUACAUUACCUCCAAAUACAAGGUACAGCAAUGGGAACUAAAAUGGCACCAUCAUAUGCCAACAUUUUCAUAG